UUGCACCUAGCUAGCUAAGGAUAUCUGGAUAUGGCUAUUUCUCGGUUUUCCUCCGUAUGUCUCGUUCUCCUCCUAUCUGCGGAAUUCCUCUCUCUUUCUAAGGGCAAUGUCGGCAAUGCGGCCCAUUAUACAACCCCAUAUUUACCGACUGCCUGUUACGGAUCAGAUGUGUCGCAGUUCCCGUCGAGCAACAUGUUCGGAUCGGCGGGUGAGGGGGUAUGGGACAACGGUGCAUCAUGUGGAAGGCAGUACUUGGUGAGGUGCAUAAGCGCCGCCGUCCCAAAAACCUGCAUUCCAGGCAAGAUCAUUCAGAUCAGGAUCGUCGAUCGCGCUCUCACCUCCGUUUCCCGUCCCUCCAACCCCGGCGCCACCAUUGUCCUUUCCACCGCUGCCUUCGCCGCCAUCGCUAAUCCUUCCGCUGCAUCCGUUAACAUUGAAUUUCAGGAGGUUUGAAGUAAUGAAGGA